CGCUCUUACGCAGAAAGCGUGGCUCCAUUGGUCUUUGGUGGAAGCCACCAGUUCCGUCACGUGCCCUCAUCGUCUCUGCAACUGAUUCGGUUACCAGAAGAAGAACAGCAACAAAGAAAAGCUCGUACGAACUUUCUGAGGAGGAAGAAUCGAAUGUAUCACAGCAUUGGCUUCUCUUCUUCGGUUUUGUUGCCGUACAUUGUGCUCCAUUGAAGAUUGACAUGUUUCGUUUAAAGAAGCAUUCUCAUAAUCACCAGGAAAAUGAUUCUAUACCAGAAGAUGGAAAGAUCGAUGAACUUAGAGCUGCUCUUGGGCCUCUGUCUAGUCGAAGUUUAAAGUAUUGCACUGAUGCAUGCCUGAGGAGAUAUUUGAUAGCUCGAAACUGGAAUGUUGACAAGUCAAGGAAAAUGCUCGAAGAGACGCUCAAGUGGAGGGCAGCUUACAAGCCCGAAGAAAUCCGUUGGCAUGAAGUAGCAUUUGAAGGAGAGACUGGGAAAGUAUCACGAGCAAAUUUUCACGAUCGACAUGGAAGAUCUGUGCUCAUAAUGAGACCAGGAAUGCAGAACACAACUCCAUCAGAAACGAGUGUGCGGCAUCUUGUGUAUCUUUUGGAAAAUGCAAUUCUAAACCUUGGGGAGGGUCAAGAACAAAUGUGUUGGUUGAUAGACUUCACCGGAUUUACAAUGAAAACUAAUGUCUCUGUCAAAAUAGCCGCAGAUGUCAUCAAUGUUUUGCAGAACCAUUACCCCGAGAGACUCGCCGUUUCACUCCUCUACAAUCCACCCAGGUUUUUUCAAGCAUUCUGGAAGGCCAUAAAGUACUUCUUAGACCCAAAGACAUUUCAAAAGGUAAAGUUUGUUAAUCCCAAAGACAAAGGAAGCAUUGAGCUGAUGAAAUCAUACUUUGACAUGGAAAAUCUUCCUAGUGUCUUUGGGGGUAAAGCCACUCUCGAAUAUCACCACCAGGAGUUCUCCCAGAUGAUGGCCCAAGACGAGCUCAGAACUGCCCAAUUUUGGGGCUUCGAUAAGGCCCACCACAUUGUCCAUGGGCCUUCUGGCCCAGAAGUCCCACCAGAGCCCAUUACUACUUCAGCUAACUAACUGGUAUGCCUCAUGCCCUUCAACAGCUUUUUCGAAUUCAAAUAAUCAACUUUUCCUUCAACUACUCAUCCAUCACUAAUACUUGCAGCUGAGUGCUAACUAACUAUGAGAGUGAAUGGUUUAUGUUAACUUAUGAGGUCAACAGAGCCCAAUGAUUUAUUAAAUAUAUUUGAAGACACAUCUUCUUGUUCCUUCUUUAGAAGAA